CGCGGGAGGGAGGGAGGGAGGGAGAGGCAGCAGGCACGAGGGGGAGACCAGAGACCCCCGCUCGGCCCCCCCGGCCAUGGAGCUCGCCAAGCCGGUCUUCCCCGCGCUGCCGCAGCCCAAAGAGGACUCUGAGGACUGGACAUAUCCAAUGAGAAGAGAGAUGCAGGAAAUUUUACCUGGGUUGUUCCUGGGCCCGUAUUCUUCAGCUAUGAAAAGCAAGCUACCUAUACUUCAGAAACAUGGAAUUACCCAUGUCAUAUGCAUACGACAAAAUAUUGAAGCAAACUUUAUUAAACCAAACUUCCAGCAAUUAUUUCGGUAUUUAGUCUUGGAUAUUGCAGAUCAUCCCAUUGAAAAUAUAAUCAGAUUUUUCCCGACGACUAAGGCAUUUAUUGAUGGGAGUUUACAAACUGGAGGAAAAGUUCUUGUCCAUGGGAACGCGGGGAUUUCUAGAAGUGCUGCCUUUGUUAUUGCAUAUAUUAUGGAAACAUUUGGAGUGAAGUACAGGGAUGCAUUUACAUAUGUGCAAGAAAGAAGGUUUUGUAUUAAUCCCAAUGCUGGAUUUGUCCAUCAACUUCAGGAAUAUGAAGCCAUCUAUCUAGCAAAGUUAACUAUCCAGAUGAUGUCUCCUCGGCAGCUGGAGCAAUCACUGUCUGUCAGUACGGGAAGUCUGAAACGAACCCAUGAAGAGGAUGAGGAAAUCAGCAAUAUGCAAGCCGCAGCUCAGAACGGUUGACACCAAGGGCACUCUGGACUUGCUGGCUGGGAAUUUCAAUUCAUGGCAGCUGCUAACGUCAGCAAGACGAACAACCAGAUCUAUUUUUUAUAUAUAUAAAAUGGGAGAUGAGUCCAACUUCCUUAUGCAAACCUGCCCCUCCAGUAGCACACCAGGCAACACGGUUAAGGGUAUUGGAUUCCUUGACUGACUAGAUGGCACUGAUUGUUUUGCUCCUUUUUUUUUUUACACACUUUAUAGUUUUACCCUAAACCAAGACUUUGGACUUGCAAAGAGGUAUUAUUGCAAUAAUGCACUUUUCAUACUUGAAAUUUCUUUAUUUGUAUUGAUAAAGUUAUUACUUAAACAAAACGUGGGGGGGUGAUUUGUUUAUAAAGUUAUUUGUGUAAUUUAUAACAAGAGUCUUUAGUAAAAAAGGAAAAGAAUGAAAAGAAACAACUUCCUAAAAUUCA